GGGAAGUCGUGCGCGCAUGCUGCGCAUUGCGUGGGAAAGCUGCGCCUCGUAAGGGAAUAGCUGUGGAUAGCACACAGAGUGAUGCUGCAAGUCGUGCUGUGUACUCCCUAGUGGAAAGUGCCAUAUCACACAAUGCGAGGCACGAGUCUCUACACCGUGACGUGUAAACCGCCUUGUCGUGCUAUUCUCAAUCCAUAUUGUCAAAUCAAUAUUAGAGGCAAACUGUGGAUUUGUCCGUUUUGCUUGACCCGCAAUCCUUUCCCGCCACAUUAUAAAGAUAUCUCUAACACCAAUCAACCCGCUGAACUACUUCCCAAGUACACGACGAUUGAGUACACUCUAUCUCGUCCCGCUCAGGCUCCACCUGUCUUCCUGUUUGUCGUUACCUGUCUAGAUGCCGAUGACCUCAAAGCACUCCAUGACGCUCUUGUCGUCAGUCUCAGCUUGAUCCCACCAUAUGCAUUAGUUGGUCUCAUUACGUUCGGCACAAUGACACAAGUUCACGAGUUGGGCUAUGCAGAGUGCAGCAAAUCAUACAUUUUCCAUGGCGGCAAGGAGUACACACAGAAACAGAUUCAGGACAUGCUUGGACUCAGUACGACAACUCGCGCCACACCCCGUGCCAGCCAACCCAUGCCCCAACAAGCUUUUGGAGCUGCGCAUUUCUUGCUUCCUGUCCAGCAAUGCGAAUUUCAACUCACUGGGAUUCUGGAGGCACUCGCUCGUGAUCCUUGGCCAGUUGCCGAUGACAAGCACGCUUUACGUUGCACUGGUGUGACCGUCAGUGUAGCCGUUGGACUCUUGGAGAUGACUUUCCUUAAUACGAGCGCGCGUAUAAUGGUUUUCGCGGGUGGACCGGCAAUGGAGGGUCCAGGCAUGGUUGUCAGCAAUGAACUGAAGGAGCCUAUUCGCUCUCAUCACGACAUCGAACGGGACAGCGUCAAGCACUACAAACGUGCAGUAAAGUUCUAUGAAGGUCUAGCGAAGAGGGUAUCCAACAAUGGCCACGCUGUCGAUUUGUUUACUGGUUGCUUGGAUCAAGUGGGCUUACUAGAGAUGAAAUCAUUGCCCAACUCGACAAAUGGUGUCAUUGUCCUAUCUGAUUCGUUUGCUACAUCGAUCUUCAAGCAAAGCUUCCUGUGUAUGUUCAAUAAGGACGAUCAGGACUUCUUGCAAAUCAGUUUUAACGUGACAUUCAAUACAACCAAAGAACUGAAAGUUUCUGGCCUCAUCAGACAUGCAAUCUCUGCCGGAAAGAAAUCUGCGUGCGUUGGCGAGACAGAAAUUGAUAUUGGUCAGACGUCAGCCUAUGCCAUAUAUCUUGCCCGUCGACGUCGUGACAGGCCUAUAAACGCUGAUAGUUAA